AUGGGUAUUUUGCAAACGCUUUUCAAGGCGGAUGAGGACAUUAGAGGUUCCAAGGCUCGAGCCAUCCUGAUUGGUAUGUUCGUUGCAUUUGGUGGUGUUUUGUUCGGUUACGAUACCGGUACUAUUUCAGGUAUUCUGACAAUGGAUUUUGUCAAAAAAACUUUUACCGACAGCGGUGAGUUCACUGCUAGUGAAACCUCAUUGAUAACUUCAAUUCUUUCUGCUGGUACUUUUGUUGGUGCAAUGCUGGCUCCAUUGGCCACUGAUACCUUGGGUAGAAGAUUGGGUUUGUUCAUCUCGUGUAUUAUCUUCUGUGUUGGUGUUAUUCUGCAGACCAUUGCUACUGAGCAAGCACUAUUGAUUGUCGGAAGAGUUGUCGCAGGUUUUGGUGUCGGUGUCUUGUCCUCUAUUGUGCCUCUUUACCAGUCUGAAGCUGCGCCAAAGUGGAUUAGAGGUGCCGUUGUCUCCUGUUAUCAAUGGGCUAUCACUAUCGGUCUUUUGUUAGCUGCCUGUGUCAAUGAAGGUACUCAUAAGAGAAACGACAGUGGCUCUUAUAGAAUUCCAAUUGCUCUACAAUUAUUGUGGGCCCUAAUCCUGAUUGUCGGAAUGGUCUUCUUGCCAGACACUCCAAGAUUCCACGUCAUGAAGGGCGAUCUAAAGAAAGCUCGUAGCUCAUUGUGCACAUUGAGAGGUUUGAGACCAGAGGAUAAGUUUGUUGAAGAAGAGCUGGAAGAAAUUGUGGCUAACUACGAAUACGAAAAGACUUUUGGUAAAUCUACUAUCCUUGACUGUUUCAAGACUGGUAACCACCAAUUGAAACGUAUCACUACUGGUAUCGUUAUCCAGGCUUUGCAACAAUUGACCGGUAUCAACUUCAUUUUCUACUAUGGUACCCAAUUUUUCAAGAGUUCUGGUAUUAAUAACCCUUUCACGAUUCAACUGAUCACUAAUAUCGUUAACGUCAUCUGCACUCUUCCAGGUAUCGCACUGGUUGAACUCGCAGGUAGAAGAAGAUUGCUACUAUGGGGUGCAGUCGGUAUGUGUGUCAGUGAAUUCUUGGUCGCAAUCAUUGGUACUGCUGUACCAAACAGUACGGCUGCUAACAAGACUUUGAUUGCUUUCUCCUGUACUUUCAUUGCAUCAUUUGCUGCUACUUGGGGUCCAUUAGCUUGGGUUGUUGUGGGUGAAAUCUUCCCCUUGAGAGUCAGAGCAAAGUCUGUCGCCAUCUGUGCUGGUUCCAACUGGCUAUUCAACUUCGUGAUCGCAUUUAUCACUCCUUACUUGGUCGACGAGGACAGAGCAAAUUUGAGAUCUAAGGUGUUCUUCAUCUGGGGUGGAUGUACUUUCCUCUGUAUCCUAUUCGUCUACCUAUUCGUCUACGAGACUAAGGGUCUAACUUUGGAAGAGAUUGAUGAGUUGUAUGACACCGUUACUGAUGCACGUAAAUCCAGAAGUUUCGUUCCAACCAACAAAUUCUUGGAAGUGGCUCCAAUUCCAGUCGAGCAAUACUCUUCUAACGAAAAUAACUCACUCGGUGAAGGCAUUGAAAAAGCCAAUGUCGGUUACAUCGAAAAGGUUUAA